AUGGCACCAUCAGCCAUUCUCUUUCUGACAUUUAGUGAGCUGGGCCAGGCAACCGUCAGUUUAGCUGUGGCCCAUGAGUUUCUCAUUCGCUCUUAUGAUGUCCAUAUUGGCUCGUUUGCUCCUUUAGAGCCCGCUGUCUCCAAGCUCAAUGCUCGUGCGGCAUACCUGUCAUCAGUGACAAAUCGUGCCACUUUCCAUCCAAUCACUGGCCCUCCCAUGAUAGAGGCCAAUGCUUGGUUCGAUAUACGUACCGAUUCAUUUCACGUUCAUAAUGUCGGAUUCCGAGCAGCCCUAGACACAUACAAGCACGUCCUGCCUGCAGUGGCAACCCCGUGGGAUGGCCCGCAGUAUAUGGCCAUAUACCAAGACUGCUGUAGCCUCAUGCGCACGCUCCAGCCAGCCAUUGUUGUACUUGAUCCACUCUUCUUACAGGCAGUUGAUGCGUGUCGCAUGCUAGAACAGCGCUAUGUGGCCUUGUCUCCAAACACAUUUAAGGAACUGACGAGACAGCCGAGGUUGGAGAACCUGUGGAAGCUCCCAAUGAUGUCUUCUGGUUUCCCUUAUCCCUUACCUUGGUACCUGAUUCUUCCAAACGCAUAUCUUGCCAUUCGGCUGCUAUUAACCCUUUUGGGCAAUCCAAGAGCCCGAGAGCUCGCGGAAUAUCGUGAGGCGCACGGGCUGUCGAGUGUAACCUCUGCACACAUCCCGGAACAGCUGAGCAAGGACAAGACUGUAGUUCUCCUCCCGGCCAGACAAGAGACUGAAAUUCCUUGCUACUUUCCCGACAGCUUCACACUGUGUGGUCCCAUACUGCGCCCUUAUGCUCCGGCUGCCGAGGAGGAUCCAGAGCUGGCUUCUUGGCUCGGACGACGGCCAACAGUGCUGGUGAACCUGGGGUCACAUGUCACGUAUACGAUUGAUGUUUUGAAAGAGCUCAUGGCGGGAUUCCGCAUGCUCCUGGAUAAGAGGCCGGAUGUCCAAAUCCUAUGGAAAAUCAAGCCAAGCUCCGGUACAACUCUCGAGGACAUCAUGCCCGACAAUCUUCGUACGGCCGUCGCAGAGGGACAAGUUCGCGUUGAGCCGUGGUUGGCAGUAGAGCCUGUUUGCAUUCUCACGAGUGGCCAUGUAGAAUGCAUGGUUCACCAUGGGGGGUCCAAUUCUUAUCAUGAAGCGAUACGGGCUGGCGUGCCACAGGUCAUCCUUCCCGUCUGGCUUGACACCUACGAUUUCGCCAUGCGUGCAGAAUGGCUAGGCAUUGGGAUUUGGGCAAGUCGCAAGACUGCGCCAGUCGUCAAUGGACCGGAAUUGGGGCAGGCUCUGAUUCGGGUGCUGGCAGGUGCCGCGAGCGAGUCGAUGCGACACCGGGCGAAAACUAUUGCAGCUAAACUGGGGCCAAAAGAUGGACGAGUCAUCGCAUGUGAGAAGAUUAUUUCGUUGCUUACAGAGCCGUGCAACACGAAAAUGCGCCGGUGA